AACGUCAGCCUGCGCAUAUUUUUAUGUUUGCAGAGCCGAAUGCAUGUGUGGGUGAGUGCAGGAUGCUAAAACCUGGAGCUCUGAAGGGGGGAGAGAAUAGAGACGCUUAAGAAAUAGAAGAAAAAAGAAAGAGACUGAAAUUAGGAAGAGAAGAAGAAGAAGGGAGGAUUGUGAGGACAGAUGCUAAGGAGAGUGUGAUAGUGAAGCGCAAACUGAGGAGAGGAGGAGGAGGAGGAGGAGGAGGAAGAGGAGGAGGAGGAGGAGGAAACGAUCUGCUGGAGGAAGCAGCAGCAUCGUUGAUCUUUGCAGGAGCCAAGGCAGCCGUCCUCCGUUGCCGUGACGAUGGGCUGCUGGCUCUCUGGACCGUGGAUGGGGGACCAAACGUUGAGUGGGCGGAGUCUUGCAAACCUGAGCCAGCGCGAUGCUCUGCGGAUUCUGGCGGCCACUCAGCGUCCAAUCACCAUGCAGAUCAAGGGUCAGAGGGGGUGUGGCACCGAGGCAGACAGGGGAAUCUGGGAGCCUCUACCUCUCAACCUGCAGCACCUUAACCUGCCACUCCCAAUGAUGGGGGCGGGACACAACGCCUCCAGUCCCUCCUACCAGGACAGACUUUAUUACAGCCAUCUUGCUCUGCCACAAGAUCACUGUGAUGCAGGACGGUACAGCUACCUGUCCAGUUCCCCACGGGACACAAUGGACAUCAGCCAUAAGAUCCCUCAAGACCCAGAACUGACUGGUCGUGGACAAAAGGGACAGAACUGCCUGAUGGGAUGUUGCAAUGCAAACUUAGAAGAACCGAACGGCUUCCAAAGUCAGACUGAUGACGAGGACUUCAUGAUGGAGAAGCCGCUGGGCUUCAUGCCCCUCCACCAUGAGCUGGACAGUGGUCUGGGCUGGACUGAUGGCUCCAUCCACCAGGGUGACCUCUCUGGGCUGGAGACUGAGGAGGGAGGCCUGGAGGACUGCCAUUCACAUGGGAACCUCGCCCCAGGGGGUUGUGGUGGCUUCGGAGGUGGCGGCUCUCCCUCCUCUGAGUCCUUUAUUUCCUCGGAGCUCAGUGACUCGGGCUUCUACAGCGUGAGCACCGGGGAGUUCAGGCACUUCCAGAGGCUGCUGGAGAAGCGCAUGCGGCUGUACAACGCCAGGCUGCAGCAUCAGGGCGAAGCCUGCGAGAGGCGGGAGCGGCGUGACAGCUGCCCCAAGAGCCACCGGGAGCUGCUGGAGGCCAUCCCUGAGGCGCUGGCCGUGCAGCCUCAGUGUCAGCGCCUGCAGGUCGAGAUGGAGGACGGCACUGGGUCCAUCAUUGAUCUGCCACCACGAGGACUUUUCAGGGUUUCCUCGGUCCAGUUCCACAAAGCUGACCGGCCCUGUCUGAACCGUCACAGCUCCAGCAGUGGAGCUCUGUUCAACCCCUCCCAUGCCCAUGCAGCAGUCUCACGAAUUAAUGCCCCAGUCCUCUCCACCUGCAGCACCCCCUCCAGCCACAGGAGACCACUGGUACCCAUACAGCAGCAGCACCACGAGGGCUCCAGUUCAGUAGGUAUGCUGAGAAGAAGCAGAACUCUGCACCAUCGCCCUCCUCCGCAGGAGUACCGCCGCCGGGCCAGCCACCCAUCUUCCCCCUCCUACUGUGCAGAAACCCUGCAUCACUGUGGAGGUGUGCCCCAACAUAACGUCCUGCCACCGGGCCUUGGAGAGGAAGGUGAGCUAGUAGCUGGUGUGAUGGCUUCUCACCCAGCAACCCUGGCCCUCCCACCACAACAACACCCCAAUGCUUUAGGGCAUAUCAGGAGUGCCAAUACCCAUGAGCGAUGCUACGACAACAACGCUAAUGCACAGAUCGCUCACCAUGACUGGUGGCACUCGCAAGAAAGAAACAUGAUGCCAGAGCAACUGGUGGCUGAAAGGGACAGAGAGAUGAAGAGGGAACUGGAACAACAGAGGCAAAUUCAUGAAAAAGAGCUGGAGAGGGAGAGAGAGAGGGAAAGGGAGAGAGAAAGGGAGGCACAGAUUCAGGAAGAGAUGAACAGAGAGAGGCAGCAGGAGCUGGUGAGGAGGCGAGCCAGAGAGCAGCAGCACUUGCAGAGUUUAGUCAACCCUCCUCAGGCUGGUGACGUCAACGACACCUGGCCGAAACCUGCCAACCGUCAGUCUCAGGGUGGCGGGGGAGGAAGAGGUCUCUACAGCACCCUGGAGGGCCACACAGGGGCUGGCUGUGCAGUUGGAUGGGAUACAAAGAAAGGACACAUAAAUGAGAAUACAAGUCCUAAUCCCUGUUCUGGUAUUCAGCUGAAAUCUAAUCCAAUCGCCAAACCCAAUACAACCUCUAGGGUCUCCAGAAACCAGCUCUUAAGAGACCGGGCGUCUCAGCUAGCGGAUGAACGCAGUGGAAUGAGCACAGACGAGGAGACCAAUACCGACAUGCUCAUGGGUCGUUACUGGAGUCGCAUGGAGAGAAGGGAACACUUUCUGUUGGCCCGUGAGCAGAAGCAGCAGCAGAUGCAGGCCAGAGGAGCGACUUUACGAGACACCAUUGCCAGGGGAGGAACCAUCGCUGGAGGAGGAGGAGGAGUCUCUGUUGGAGAAGGCUCUAUGCUGGACAACAGAGGAGGCGGAGCUUUUGCAGAAGGGAGGUGCAACACGGUGCUGGAGCUGAGUCAGAGGAAGCUCAGUCGUCUGAGGAACAGGAAGCUUUUGGAUGACUGGACGACAGUAGAGGAGCUGUUGACUCAUGGGACCAGGUUGAACAAUGAGGACAGGCUGUGUACCAGCUCCCUGCUGACGGUCACCACCGUCUAACUGCAUGGGCACCACGUCUAAAUAUAACUGUGUGAGUGUGAUGUCAAGCUAACAUGACGACAUUUUAGUGAUUCCUCUUGUUCUGUCUUUUCGAACUCAAUGGUUAGAUGGAUAUCAGUUUCUUCUGUGUGACCUGUACACAUAUAGUUCCAGGAAAUGGCCUAAGCAAAGAGGCAGAUGGCAGGGAGGAAAUUCAACCCUAGCUUAAUCUAUUGUAGAAAUAAACAAACUCCUAUCCUGUCUAAUUCAAACAAAAUGAUUCUCUUACACCCUGCACAAAGUCGCAAAAGAGACUUAAUACAACCUCUUUGCACCUUAAUUUGCGACCAGGUUAUACACCUUUUUAAAUAACAAAAGUGGAGUAGGGCACACCCUAAAUGUACUUGGCCAUGCACUUUAGAUAGUAUUAAAAGGUCCCGCACAUCACCCCUCUAUGGUUGUAUGUACAAGUAUGCCACCUCAAAACAUGACUGUCCAUAAAGUACGUACCAACAGCAUAGUGCCACUGUGUGCUAUUCAGCUUGCUGCCUCUAUCAUUUUUGGAGUAUUUUUGAAAUGUUGUUCAUCUUCUAAAGAAGAGAAGGGUCCUCGUCUUCUCUGUACUUAAAGCUCAAAGACGAAACUGAUAACCAUCUUCUCAUAUAACUGUGGGGAUGGCAGUAAACAAGACGACUUACAGAAAUGUGGGACUGUUCCUUUAAUGAAUAUGUGUGAGAGACUCACUACAUCACCUCAACUGAUAGCUUUAUGUGUGGGUGUAUGAUCACUGUACAGCACUCGGAACAAAAUGUGUGUGUCAGUGCAUGAUGCUUGUAAAGACAAAAAAAAACUAACAAGGUCAGAUACGCGUGUAUGUUUGCAUCAUGUGUUUCAUGCUACAUCUUAUGCUACAUUUAUUUCACAGAAUCUUUGACAAAAUGAAAAACAAAAUGAAAUAUUCAAACAGACCAUGAGAUUUCGGGGAGCAAUACUGUUCUGCGUGAUGUACCUGGCUGUGCACUAAUGAUCGAUCACCCAUGAAUACUUUUACAUCAGGGCCACAGAACACAUCAACUGUAGCAAUGCAGACAAUGACAACUGAGAUUUGAUAUUAAAAUCCUGAAUGGUUUUUAUAGAAACUCUGUUUACAAUUAAAAUAUCAGUCCAGUGAGCUUUUGUAACGAAAAGGAAAAACGCAACCGGGUUUACUAGGUUAUGAAACACUAGUAAAACCAUGUAGAUCAGGGAUGGGGAACAAUGUGCCACACAAAACAAAUUUGACCACAGCUUUCAUGUAUGAAAUCAGCUGUUGUUCUCGUUGGAAAACACAUUAACGCCAACCACUGAGUUGUAAUAAUUUGAUGAAAG